CCAGCCUGCACGCUCAUUUCUCCGUGCCCGCACCCACCGUUCUUUCCAGAGCAGACAUGGCCAGCCAGCGGAAACCCGUCGUCGUUGUGACUGGCGCUUCAAAAGGCAUCGGCCUGGCCGUCACAAAGAUCCUCCUUGAGUCUCUGGAUGCGAUCGUCGUCGCGAUAUCACGCACGAGAACGCCUGAACUCGUCGAGCUCCUGAAGACGCAUACAUCCACGCUUUUCACGAUAGAAUGCAGUGUUACCGAUGCUACCGGCUUCACCCAAGCCAUCGUUUUGGCCCAAAAGACGUACCAGCACAUCGACGGACUGAUCCUGAAUGCAGGUGUACUGGAGCCCCUUGGGCGCAUCGAUUCUGCUGACAUCGACGCGUGGAAGUCACACUUUGACGUGAAUUUCUUCUCUUUGCUUACGGCUCUGAAAGCGACCCUCCCGGCUCUCCGCAAGAGUGAGUUAGGCGGUAAAGUUGUCUUUGUCAGUUCCGGGGCUGCUGUUGGUGGUAUGGCCGCAUGGGGUGCAUACAACGCAAGCAAAGCUGCCAUGAAUAGUCUAUGCAGGACGCUUGCUCAGGAAGAGCCUGACGUCGUCAGCGUCGCAUUGCGUCCAGGCAUGGUCGACACUGGUAUGCAAGAAAUGCUCCGGUCGGAUGGAGCUUCGCAGAUGAAAGAGCAAGACUAUGCUAGAUUCGUUGAUGCGCACAAGAAUGGCAAGCUUGUCAAACCUGAAGACAGCGGGCAUGUUAUCGCAGCGCUCGCCGUGAAGGCGGACAAGUCGCUGAGCGGACAGUUUGUGAGCUGGGACUCGGAGCAAUGCGCUGAUUACAGGAGGAAGUAAAGCAAGCAGGGCGCAGUGUCGAAGUGUAUUGUGAAUGUACUUAAGUAGUGAAUACAAAGAAGCCAUGAUCUGCAGUGCCACACG